UGGAAUGUACAGUUAGGUUACUUUAUGUAGGAUAAAUGUAAUCAGCCUUUUCUCAGUAAUGUUACAUUAUCUGAUGUCCAUCUGAGAAUCACCCCAUUGGCUGCUGUAGUUAGCCAGGAGGUUCGAAGCAUAAUUCAAUCUAAUUGGCUUAUUCAAAGCCCAGACCGCCAACCUUUUUCUGUAGUAACCUAUUUAGUCCUCAUAUCCACAAUGACAUUCUAUUUUAUCAUUUUAGACUGAAAGGCUUCAAGAAAUGGCUGAAACUUUAGAUUAUACAUUCAGUGGGUAAGUAGGCUAUAACGGACAUUUGUUAAGCUCAGGAUUAGAUGUUUUAAGCUGGGACAAAUGGGCCUGUUAGAUAAACUAACGGUAUGGCUGGGGCUGAAGAAGAAAGAAGUGAACGUUUUGUGUUUGGGACUAGACAAUAGCGGGAAAACCACCAUCAUCAACCAACUCAAACCCAGUAAUCAAAGCUUAUUUGGCCCACUCUCAGACGACUGGAAACAUAUUAGUCAGGUUAAGACCCAGACACAAGACAUUGUCCCAACUAUUGGCUUCAACAUAGAAAAGUUCAAGAGUUCAAGUUUGUCCUUCACAGUCUUUGACAUGUCUGGCCAGAGCAGGUACAGGAACCUAUGGGAACAUUACUACAAAGAGAGUCACGCCAUUAUAUUUGUCAUUGAUAGCGGAGACAAGUUACGAAUGGUUGUUGCCAAGGAGGAGUUGGAUACUCUUCUCAAUCACCAAGACAUCCGCAGUAGGAGGAUGCCGGUGCUGUUCUUUGCUAAUAAGAGUGACCUGAGAGAGUCCAUGUCUUCGGUCAAAGUCUCUCAGCUGCUCUGUCUUGAGAACAUCAAGGACAAACCUUGGCACAUCUGUUCCAGUGAUGCUGUAAAGGGAGAUGGUCUACAGGAGGGAGUGGACUGGCUACAAGAGCAAAUUGCACAGUGUUUUGAGGAACUUCAUACCUAGGUGUGUCGCGGAACGUCAGACGUUCUGUUGUCGUAACUGAAAUGAAACGUGUGUAUGUCAAUACACAGAUCGUAUCAAAGCGACGAAGACUUGAUGAAAUGAGUAGGGUGAACGGCUUACGGUGAAGGAUUGGGACGGACAGAGGAACCUCAGCAGCUACAGCCCCCCACCCCGGGUGUCAUUGGUCAUGUGAUGUCACUUCCACAGGAUGUGACACAAGGGACUCACCUGUAGUUUUCCCAUCUGUCACUCUGUCACGAUGCGUCCUGAACAUGGUUGUAAUGUGCCGAUGAACAGCGUGAUGUAACGUAGAAACCACUCUUCAAGACGGAGGUUAUUUACUGGUACAGCUUGCUGAGACCGCCACCCUCUAAAAUGGUUUUGAACUGUUAUUCCCUGUUACACCACCUGCUGUGUAACUAUAAAACAAAAAUUGGAAAGGUA